AUGUCGGACUCUAACAAGGCAGUACCGAGCACUGAUCCAGCAGUGUAUAACGAGUAUGCGACCAAAUGGGCCAAUCUGCCUGGAGACGAAGCAGGCUGGAUUCAGCGUGCCAGAGACGUCGCGGCUGUACUCGAGCAAGACGCCGCUGUGCGUGAGAGGGAAAACAAGUCACCCAGAGCUGAAGUACAACUGCUCAAGCAUUCUGGUUUGCUCAAGAUCCUAGGAUGGACCAAGUACGGCGGAGGAGGACAGCCGUGGAGUGUAGCUUAUCGGGCCAUUCGUGAAGUUGCAAAAGCCGACGGCUCUAUUGGAAUGUUGCUAGGAUACCAUCUGCUGUGGUCCACCACUGCCAGUGUGAUAGGAACUGCCGAGCAGGCAGAUCGCAUCCAGAAGCUCGUCAUUAGCAACAACUAUUUCAUUGGUGGAGCGGUGAACCCGCGAGAUGCAGACCUCAAGAUUACCGUCGAUGGUGAUCAGCUUGUGUUCAACGGAGCCAAGCAUUUCAACACUGGUGGCGUGGUAUCUGACCUGACCGUCCUGGAGGGUGUGCUCGACGGCGUAAAGGACCACAUCUUUGUCUUCGUGCCUACUCAGCAACCGGGCAUCACGUUCAAGCAUAACUGGGACAAUGUUGGACUUCGCUUGACAGAGUCCGGAGGUGUUACCAUUCAGGGUGUCAAGGCAGAGUGGUCCGACGCUUUAGGAUGGGAUUCAAAGACCAAGACGCCGGACCCGUCGGUGCUGGCCGUUCCAUUUGCAAGUCUUUUAUUGCCAGGCAUUCAACUGGUUUUUGCCAAUUUCUACCUAGGCAUUGCCCUCGGCGCUUUAGAGUAUGGCUCAAAGUAUACCACGACGAAUACACGGGCUUGGCCCUACGGAGGUGAUAACAAAGAACAAGCCACGGACGAGUUCUAUGUGCUUUCGACCUAUGGAAACUUCUUGGCCCACCUGCGGGCCGCAGAGGCGCUGGCGGAUAGGGCCGGACAGGAGGUUGACGCCGUCUAUGCCCAGCACGCGACGAAACGCGAGGGGCUGACGGCGCGCGCGCGCGGCGAGCUGGCCGAGUGGGUGGCCAGCGCCAAGGUGGUGACCACGGACACGUCGCUGCGCGUCACGGCGGGCAUCUUUGAGGUGACGGGCUCCAAGGCUACGGCCACCCGGGUCGGGCUCGACCGGUACUGGCGCGACGUGCGCACGCAUACGUUACACGAUCCCGUCUCAUACAAGAACCGCGAGUUGGGCAGGUAUCAGCUCCUAAACGAGGUCCCUGAGCCUACAUGGUACACUUAG